AGAUGUUGUGCAAUUUCAAGGCAACUGCUCUGGGAAGCAGAAAGGUCGUACAAGGAAUGGAUAGUAAACAAAGAAUUAAAAAUAUUUAAUAAAUUGUAAAGUAGAAAUUUCACAAUUGUGUCUCUGUCAGCUAGACUUGAAGGAAUUUGUAUGGCCAAAUCAAGGAAGGAAUCAGACUGCCAGAUGAAAUUUCUCAAGUUAUGAGGAACGUUUGUCUGCUGCUGAACAGACUUGGUACUUUUUAUUUCAUUUGGAUUUCUGCUGCAUAUUGUUCUUUCUCAAAACAUUGUCAAGACCUAUGUACAAGUAACCUGGAAGGAGAACUUGGAAUUGCUAACCUUUGCAAUGUUAGUGACAUCAAUGUGGCAUGCACACAAGGAUGUCAGUUUUGGAAUGCAACAAUGCAAGUCAAUUGCCCACUGAAAUGUAACAAGACAUACACCAAAGAAUGUGAGACAGUUUCCUGCAAGUUUGGCUGUAGUCGCGCAGAGGAUGCAUAUGGUGUUGAAGCACAGAACUAUUUGAACAAGCCUGGAGCACCAUUUGCAUCUACCAUUGGAAGCCACCAUAUCACAUUGGGUUGGAAGCCAGCUAAUAUCUCUGAGGUUAAAUAUAUUAUCCAGUGGAAGUUCCAUCAGCUCCCUGGAGACUGGAGAUACACAGAGGUAGUAUCUGAAACUUCAUAUACAGUCAAGGACCUUCAAGCCUUCACAGAGUAUGAGUUUCGAGUAGUUUGGAUCAUAACCUCUCAGCUGCAGCUCCAUUCUCCAUCAAGUCCCAGUUACCGGACCCAUGCUUCUGGAGUUCCUACUACAGCUCCCAUCAUUAAAGAUAUUCAGAGUUCAAGUCCAAACACUGUUGAAGUUAGUUGGUCUCCACCACUUUUUCCCAAUGGAUUGAUUGUUGGAUACAACUUGAUACUGACCAGUGAGAAUCACGAACUGUUGAGAGCAUCAAGAGGGCACAGUUUUCAAUUCUACUCUACCUUCCCAAACAGCACGUACAGGUUCAGUAUUGUAGCUGUUAAUGAGGCUGGAGCUGGACCCCCUGCAGAAGCCAACAUCACAACACCGGAAUCCAAAGUUAAGGAAAAAGCAAAAUGGCUCUUCCUAUCCAGAAACCAGUCUUUAAGGAAAAGAUACAUGGAACAAUUCCUUGAAGCAUCCCACUGUUUGCAAAAUGGUACAAUACAGCACAACAUUACAGGAAUUUCUGUGAAUGUUUACCAGCAAGUUGUCUAUUUUUCUGAGGGGAAUUCCAUCUGGAUGAAAGGAGUUGUGGAUAUGUCUGAUAUAUCUGACCUAACACUCUUUUAUACUGGCUGGGGCAACAUUACAUCAAUCUCAGUAGAUUGGCUUUACCAGAGAAUAUACUUUGUCAUGAAUGAAAAGGUAAUGCUCCGGGGCAUUGUUAAUUUCUUAUUUCAUUGAAACAAAUCCUAUAAUUAAUUUUAAAUGAGAAAUUCUGAUUUGUAAGUAUCAUGCACAAAAUAUAAUGACAGAAAUAGAUUCUAAACUUCAACCCACAUAUUCCAAGUUUUAAAAAGAAAAGAAAAAGAGGAAUCAGGUCAUAUUUAAAGCAAGCAAGCUACAGAGAACUCUGACUCCUUGUCUAAUUUUUCUCCUCAGGACAGAAAAAGCUUUCAUUUCAACUGCUUUAUUUUUGAGACAGACUUCAUACCCAGCCUGUGCCCAAAACGAAUGACUUUGCUCCUGUAACUUGUUUCUCCAUCUACCUUGUUCAGUUCACACUCUUCUUCAGGAAGGUGGAGUGUGAUCACUGCUCAGAGAUUAUAAUACUCUUCACAGAUAGCAAAAGAAGUUCAAGAAAGAAGGUAUUUCAUACUACUGAUGACAGCUGAGGGUACAACUGCUUCAAUCUGAACAUGAGCCAGCAGUGUGCCCUUGCAGCUUUGAAGGCAAAU